AUGAGCAAAGUUUGUCUUCUUGUCCUUGUGAUCUUCUACACGGCUUUUCCUUCAAAAGGAAUCAGCGAUGUUUCUACAAGACCAAGCACCGUUAACAUUGGGGCAAUUUUAUCUUUCAAUUCAACCAUUGGCAGAGUGGCUAAAGUUGCCAUAGAAGCAGCAGUGGAUGAUAUAAAUUCCAAUGCAACAAUUCUUAAUGGAACUAAGCUUAAUAUUUCAAUGCAGGAUACUAAAUUCUCCAAUGGAUUUCUAGGAAUCAUUGACUCACUCCUGUUGAUGGAGAAUGAUACUGUGGCUAUAAUUGGUCCCCAGUACUCAGUCAUGGCUCAUGUGGUUUCACAUAUUGCAAAUGAGAUGCAAGUACCUCUACUAUCAUUUGCAGCAACAGACCCUACCCUGACUUCACUGCAGUUCCCAUAUUUUGUUAGGACCACACAGAGUGAUGAGUAUCAGAUGGCUGCUGUGGCAGAUAUUGUUGACCACUUUCAAUGGAGAGACGUAAUAGCAAUUUUUAUUGAUGAUGAUCAUGGAAGAAAUGGGGUAGCUGCAUUAGGGGAUAAGCUAGCAGAGAAACGUGGUAAAAUAUCAUAUAAAGUAACCUUUAGGCCAUAUAAUAUUACCAGUGAAGAAAUAAACAAUGCAUUAGUUAAGAUAGCUUUAAUGGAGUCUAGGGUAAUAGUCCUUCAUAUAUUCACUGCUUUUGGUCUAGAUGUACUUCAUGCGGCUGAUUCACUUGGCAUGAUGGGAAGCGGUUAUGUGUGGAUAGCAACAGAUUGGCUUUCUACAAUACUAGAUUCAAACCCAUCCUUAUUCACAUCUCCAGCCAUGAAUUACAUCCAAGGUGUUAUCACCUUGCGCACGUAUACACCAGAUUCACAAAUCAAAACAAAAUUUAUUUCUAAAUGGAACAACCUGACCCAUAAAAAGGACCCUGAUCAGGGCCCUAUUGGGUUGAGCACCUUUGGUCUAUAUGCCUAUGACACUGUUUGGGUUCUUGCUUCUGCACUUGAUGCAUUUUUUAACAGUGGAGGAACUUUGUCAUUUUCAAAUGAUUCAAGUCUAAACAUGUUAAGAGGGGAUACCCUUCAUCUGGAUACUAUGGGGGUCUUUGUUAAUGGUAGCAUGUUGCUUCAAGAAAUUUUAAAGGUCAACAGAACUGGUUUAACAGGCCAAAUGGUGUUUGGUCAAGAUGGUAACAUAUUGCAUCCCUCAUAUGAAAUCAUUAAUGUCAUAGGUACUGGAAUUAGGAGGAUCGGUUAUUGGUCUGAUUCCUCUGGCCUCCACAAUGGGGUAGCUCCUAAUCUUUCAAAUUCCAGUGAAGGACUAUAUGGUGUCAUAUGGCCUGGUCAAACAACUCAAACCCCUCGAGGUUGGGUUUUUGCCAACAAUGGAAGACACUUGAGAAUUGGAGUGCCACUAAGAAUUAGUUACCGUGAAUUUGUGUCAAGAAUUGAGGGCACUGAAAUGUUUGGUGGUUAUUGCAUAGAUGUGUUUACUACUGCACUGAACUUGUUGCCUUAUCCAGUUCCAUACAAGUUUAUUCCAUUUGGUGAUGGUAAAACCAACCCCCUAAAUUCACAACUUCUCCACAUGAUCACAGUUGGUGCCUUCGAUGCUGUGGUUGGGGACAUUACUAUUACCACAAAUCGCACUAAGAUAGUGGAUUUUACACAGCCAUAUAUUGAGUCUGGGCUAGUGGUUGUGGCACCAAUUAAGAAGUUGAAAUCCAGUGCUUGGGCUUUCCUGACACCAUUUACUCCAAUGAUGUGGUUUGUAACAGGAAUGUUUUUCUUAGUUGUGGGAGCUGUUAUUUGGGUUUUAGAGCGUCGCAUAAAUGAUGACUUUAGAGGCCCUGCUAGAAGACAAUUUGUCACAAUUAUCUGGUUUAGCUUUUCAACCCUAUUUUUUGCACAUAGAGAGAAAACUGUGAGCACCCUUGGUCGCUUAGUGCUAAUCAUAUGGCUGUUUGUGGUUUUGAUACUCAACUCAAGCUAUAUUGCAAGCUUAACAUCCAUCCUUACAGUGGAACAACUCUCUUCCCCAGUGAAGGGAAUUGAAAGCUUGGUUACAAGCAACGUCCGUAUUGGUUACCUGAGGGGUUCAUUUGCUGAAAAUUAUCUGACUGAAGAGCUCAACAUAGUCAGAUCAAGGCUUGUUCCUCUCAACUCCCCAUCAGAAUAUGAAAAGGCCUUGAAUGAUGGACAAAGUAAUGGUGGUGUUGCUGCAAUAAUAGAUGAACGUGCAUACAUGGAACUCUUCCUAGCAACCAGAUGUGAAUUUGGUAUUGUUGGUCAAGAGUUCACCAAGAUGGGAUGGGGCUUUGGCUUCCCAAGGGACUCUCCACUAGCUAUUGACAUGUCAACUGCUAUCUUAAAACUAUCAGAGAAUGGUGACCUUCAGAGAAUUCAUGACAAAUGGUUAACAAGAAGUGCUUGCAGUUCAGAAGGUGCAAAGGAAGGCAUAGACCGACUUGAACUAAAAAGUUUUUGGGGUCUGUUCCUUUUGAUUGGCAUAGCAUGCUUCAUUGCUCUCCUUUGUUAUGUUAUUAGAAUGGCCUACCGCUUUAGCAGGCACUACAAUGGUAACCUUGAAGGCUCAUCACGCUCUGCUGGUCUUCGAUCAUUCCUUUCCUUUGUCAAUGAAGAAGAAGAGGAAACCCAACACAGGCCAAAGAAAAGGCGAAAGGAAAAGUGCUCUUGUAGAAGGGUAGUGCAUGAAGAUGGAUCAUUGGAUGCCUCGAGUGUUAGUGUCACUGUUGAAAAUGAUCCGCUGGAUCUAGUCUUGGAAGAGGUGAAUCAACCUCAAAACCAGCCUGAGAAUGAAAUAGAUUAUGAUCAUGUUCAUGUCAGUGAGGAUGUGUCAGACACAGCCUCCACCCCAGCACCCCGUGAUCGAGUUGCGGCUCCAGCUCUGAAUAAUCCUCCCCAACAUCUUGGGGAUACAGUUGCUGCUCACGUUGCCCAACCUGUGGAUCCAGAUUCCAGACUUGCUCAAAUCGCGGUUGCUGCAGUUUUGCGGCGAAUGGAGGAGAUGGAGAAUCGUAACAAACUCCAGCAGCAAGAUUUUUAG